AUGUUCUUCUUUCUUUCAUUUUUUUUUUUUCAAUUUAUGAAUUCUCACUGCGAUAUCGAAUUUAAGAAUAGCGCAAUGCGUGGAGGAUUCGGUCGUGGAGGGUUUCGCGGUGGUGGAAGAGGCGGUGGUUCCUCUGCACGAGGUCGUGGCGGUGCGUCACGAGGCGCUGGAAGGGGUGGUCCUGGCCGUGGAGGGCGGGGAGGCCGCGGUGGAGGUGCUGGUGCCAAGGUUGUUGUGGAACCUCACAUGCUUCACCCUGGAGUAUUUAUUUCCAAAGGAAAGGCCGAUUCGCUUUGUACUCUGAACAUGGUUCCUGGAGUUUCAGUUUACGGAGAAAAAAGGAUUGAACUAGGGGCAACGCAAGGUGGUGAUGAGAAGAAAGAAUAUCGUCUUUGGAAUCCAUAUCGUUCAAAGCUUGCCGCUGCCAUUUAUGCUGGUGUUGGGAGUAUUCAUAUGAAACCAGGAUCGAAAGUUCUUUAUUUGGGAGGUGCAAGCGGUACAACUGUGAGUCAUGUGAGUGACUUGGUUGGACCCGAAGGUAUGGUUUAUGCGAUAGAGUUUUCGAAUCGCAGUGGUCGCGAUCUUGUUGAUAUGUCGAAAAGACGGCCCAACAUUGUUCCCAUUAUUGAAGACGCUCGUUAUCCCAUGAAGUAUCGAAUGCUUGUGCCUAUGGUUGAUUGCGUAUUUAUGGAUGUUGCCCAACCAGAUCAAGCACGUAUUCUUGCUCUUAAUGCACAGGCAUUUUUGAAGAACGGAGGCCAUUAUGUAAUUUCAAUCAAGGCAAACUGUAUUGAUUCAACCUUGGAGGCUCCUGUUGUGAUUGCAUCCGAAUUGAAUAAAUUAAGAAAGGACCGUUUAAAGCCUUUAGAACAAGCCUCACUUGAGCCAUUUGAAAGGGAUCACGCCGUCGUGGUUGGGGUAUAUCGGUCCGUUAAGAAGAAGACUGAAUGA